CACCCGAACCGGCCGUUUCCCCCUUCCCAAUUUGGAAACGGGAGGAUUUGCUCCCCGCGGGAAAGGAGAGGACGCCUCCGACGAGCCGCAGCCUCUCUGGGCAGAGGAGGAGCUCGUCCACACCCCCGAGCAAGCCUCUCCUCGCCCCGCCGGGGACAACGAUGGUAAGGUGGUCGCCGCCGCCACGGCGGGACGUCGAGCUUUUCCCCUUCCCCUCUUUGGGCGCCCACGACCCCGUCUCACUGUCCCUAUUCGUGGCGUGCGUCGUGGCCACCGUGGCGAUCGCCUCGACCAUGUGCUCGGCGUGCGGCCGCAAGCCCAAGGCGGUCAGCCAGGAGCCCGCCGCGGACGCCCAGGCCUCCGACGCCUCCGGGAGCCAGGGCGGCGCGGAAGGGGAGGAGGAGGUGGUGACGCUGCCGCCGGAGCUGGCCACGCACGGGCCGAUCGAGCCGCCGCCGCUGCCCAAAACGGCGUCGCGGCGGAGGCUGUCCGUCUCCAUGUCCAUGGGCGUGGGCAAAAGCAUGUCCAUGAACGUGGGCAAGAGCCUCGCCAACAUCCCGGACAAGAUGAAGCUGAGCAAGCUGGAGCCGCGCCACAAGGAAAAGGACGACCCCGAGGACACGCUGUGGAAGAAGUCCAUCAUCCUGGGCGGGAAGUGCAAGAUCCCCGGGGAGAGGGACGCCGAGGCCUCCGACCCCGAUGCGGCCGCCGACGCCGCGGACGAGAUGACCGCCGGCGCCUUCCGCCGGUCCAGCUACUCCCGGCCCGUGUCCCGGUCCAACUCCUUCUCCGUCCACCAGCCCCUGCCCGAGCCUCCCCCAAUGCAAUCCUACACUAAAUCAUGAGCAAGGAAGCUACAUAACACUCACUGUUUUAAAUAGCCCGCUAUAGCACGCUAUAGCGUUUAUAAAAGGUCUUGCGCUAAGAGACUUUGGUUCAAACAAAUAAACAAACAUUUUAAAUAGCGCGCUAUAGCUCCGCUAUAGCACGCUAUAGCAUUUGGAAGAAGUCCGCCGCUAAAAUGCUUAGCGCGCUAUUUAAAACUAACAGUAUAUACAAACAUACGUCGUGCGUAGGAGGAAGAAGCUGUCUGCUAUGCUAGUGGUGAUGAAGGGCUGCAUCCGUCGUGUGGUGUGGUGUCGUGGCGUACGUGCAUUUGAUCUUCUUGUUUUUGGCGGAUUUCGAGAUGAAUGCAUUGAAUGCAUGGGUGAUCGGUUGAUCUUUCGAACCAACUGAGGGGGGUGCGGUUUGUGUUGGUGAUAAUUACAUGUUCUAUAUUUUCUGACUGCA